CACAGGAACAUCACACCUGAUUGUUAAAGUCCAAGUCAAUCCAGAUCUUUCCAAUGAACAUCAAUGCCAAAAACAAGCAGAUCUGACGGUUGAACCACAGACAGAACACAACAGACACAACACUUCUCAGAGAAUUGUCUUGUUUUCUUCUUAAGCAGAUGUUUUCAUAAACCUGACCUGAAGGAUAUUUUAUUGAAGGUGUUUCUCUUUACCCUCCAGCUCUCAUCACCUCCUUUGUGUUGGAAAAUUGGAUUUCUUUUGUAAACACAUCGAGUAGUUUUACGGUUGCUGCAGCAAAAAGUAGAUUUAUAGGCUUUUCUGCACUUACAACUGUAGUGUUUACUUUGCACACUUCCUUUCCCAGCAUGCAUCUCCAGAUCAAUCCGAUACUCUGUUAUCAGUCAGGCAGAGCUUUAAAAGCCGUCCGCUCUGGAGCAGCAGACCAUCAUCUUCUCUCUGCGGUUAGGCAGCCAUGUCAGGGAAAACUGCUCUUCUCUUUGCCCUCCUGGUGGUUCUGCUGGUCUCCAGCUCGGCCUCCCCGGCUAAGGCAGACGGGGGGACCGGGGCCCUGGCUCACAAAGGGGCGGAGCCAACCGGCAGGAUGAGGGUAGCCACCCGAGAGCGGAGGCGGGCGCACCUGACAGAGGAUGAACGGGAAAUGAUGACCAAGCAGAUCGUGCAGGCCCUGUCAGGACUGGUCUGUUCGCAGAGGUGAUGAACUCUGACUGCAUGUCGGAUCGGGACUACCGGGGCUGGCUGGACUUUGGGAGGAGGGACGCAGAAUGAGGCCACCGGCGACGACCUUGUGGGUCCAUUUUUGAUCGGACUGUACAGAAACUGAAUGCUUGCAGCCUUUCAGAAUAAAAGUUUGACAGCA